AUGUUUCAGAAAAUUGAUGGCAAAUUCACCAAAAUGUAUGACAGUGUGGUAAAGAAAAUGUGGAAGGCUGUCCAUAACCAAGACUCCACUGCAUUUGAAAAAUUUCUCAGUGAGAUGGAAGAAAAACGUUGUGAAUGGGACACUUCCAAUGUGGACCACUUUGGAAGAACAAUUAUACAUGCUGCUGUGGAGGAAAACAAUGAGACAUUAAUUCGGACAUUAUUACAUGUAGGAAUUGAUGUAAACUGUCUCGAAGGAUGUGGAGCUUCACCACUCACAUUGGCAGUGCUAAACAAAAAUCAAAAGCUAGUGAAACUCCUUCAUGAACAUUUCGCUUUGAGCUCUGGUCCACUUUUCAUUAUGAUGCCAAGUCCACUAGACAUUGCGAAGGCAAUGGGCUUGGAGGACAUUGUCAACAUGUUUGAAAAUGAGCCUGAGGAUGAGGAAGAUAGAUUAUUGCAUCUCAAGUUUGAAAGAGGUUGUGCAAGUGACAACUUAAAUAUAGUGUCUGAAGAGGUAAACAAGGAAGAGGUUGAGAAUGAUGCUUUUGCCUUUGAUCGGUCAAAAUGCAAAACAUGUCCAACAAUUAUUGUUGGUGACAAUGGAACAAAUAAAGUGUGCAGGGGUGUCAGGAAUCGUUCAACAUCAGCAUAUGGUUGGUGUUCUGAAUUUCCAGGUGACAUGCACACCAAGGGAUAUUUGUGUGAAGCUUGCUUCAAAGUAAUGGGUAAAGGAGGCUUUCACUACCUCACCCACACAGUCAUGAAACGGCCAAAGCUAACUCAGGAGGCGUUUGGGAAGAAGAAAUUCCAAGAACAGAAUUUGAACAGAAUUAAGGAAGCAGUACGUGAUGGGGGGGGUAGCUUAUGGUCUUGCAGCUAUUCAUGA